GCGGUUGUAGGGGUGGGCAUUUGGGGGUCAUUCACAGUCGCGCAUUUUUGCAUUUUCACUCGGACGGCGUGUGUGUGAGGGGCGGACGGGCAGCGAUUCAAGCAGCUGCCGGUCAAUAACAUUAGCACCGCGAGGAAGCUUAAAGCUAGCUUUGUAACCUAUAACACUACCUACAUUGUCCAUUAACAUAACACAAGCAGUGAACUUGGCCUGCUGCGUUAUUUAGCUAGGUUACCGGUAACCGAAAGUAUUUCAGAUAGCUAAUUAGCGACCGUUAGCUGUUUGCUAACACGGCCGGUCAUUAUCAGUUAUUAACCGACAGUGUUCAUCCCAAACCCGUGCAGCUUAGCUAGCCUGACCGGCGCAAAAUAAGCACUUGCUAGAAGAAAACACAGCUAGCAAGCUAACGCUAAACGUUAUUGAAUUGUGUGUCAGGGCUAGCUAGCUAACCGUAGAAAUUUCUGUGCCGUUCUCCAGCCCUUCUCCUUUCACACCGAAACGCUGGAAAUCCGAAAGACAAGCGAAGAGCCGGCAAAGCUGGGGCUGCUAGCGGAGCCGCACGGCGGCAUGGACGGAGUAGCCGGCGUGGACGGAGUAGCCACCAUGGACGGGCUGCCGGUGGAGGUGCGCGGAUCUAACGGGGCCUUCUACAAGGGUUACAUCAAAGAUGUCCACGAAGACUCCCUUACUAUAGUCUUCGAAAACAACUGGCAACCAGAAAGACAGCUGCCAUUCAGUGAUGUGAGGUUGCCGCCCCCACCCGACUACAGCAAGGACAUUGGCGAGGGAGAGGAAGUGGAGGUGUACUCCCGAGCAAAUGAACAGGAACCCUGCGGCUGGUGGCUAGCCAGAGUGAGAAUGAUGAAGGGCGAGUUCUACGUGAUAGAGUAUGCAGCAUGUGAUGCCACAUACAAUGAAAUUGUCACUUCAGAGCGUAUUCGUCCAGUCAACCCAAACAGCCCCUCCUCUCAAAACACCUUUCACAAAGUUAUCAUUGCUGUGCCUGAGGAUCUCCGAGAAAUCUGUUUAAAUGACAACCUUCACAAAGACUUCAGAAAAGCAAUUGGAGCUAACUGCAUCUUCUACAACACUUCGGUGCACGAACUGGUUGUACUGUCCACAAAUGACUCCACAGUGAAACGAGCAUCUCUUCUGAGUGACAUGCACUUUCGCAGCAUUCGAACCAAACUCAUGCUUAUGUCCCGUAAUGAGGAGGCCACCAAACAUUUGGAGACGAGUAAACAACUGGCAUCAGCCUAUCAGGAGGAGGUGCGAGUACGUGAGGAUCUAAUGGGUUUGGCUAUUGGCUCCCAUGGUGCAAACAUCCAACAAGCACGCAAGGUUCCUGGAGUUACCGCCAUUGAGCUUGAGGAGGAGAGCUGCACCUUUAGAAUCUAUGGAGAGUCACCAGAAGCUGUAAAGCAGGCUAGGGUAUAUCUGGAGUUUAAAGAGGACUCGUUUCAGGUACCCCGGAAUCUUGUAGGCAAAGUUAUCGGAAAAAGUGGCAAAAUCAUCCAAGAGAUUGUGGACAAAUCUGGUGUGGUGCGGGUUCGGAUUGAAGGGGACAAUGACAAAAAGCUGCCUAGAGAGGAGGGUAUGGUUCCUUUCAUCUUUGUAGGAACCAAAGAAAACAUCAGUAAUGCCCAAGCCUUGCUGGAAUACCAUGUUGCCUACCUGCAGGAGGUGGAACAGUUGCGUCUUGAGCGGCUACAGAUUGAUGAGCAGCUUCGUCAGAUUGGCGUAGGUUAUCGUUCAGCUCCAGGUCGCACUGGAGGUCCUGGUGCCAGCGAUCGUGAGAGGGGUUACCUGACUGACGAAAGCAGCAACUCUCUUCAGACUUCCCGCACCUAUGGAGGGCGAGGCAGAGGACGCAAGGCCAACAAUGCAUACUCUGGAUAUGGAACAAACUCUGAGCUGUCAAACGCAUCUGAAUCAGAGGAUCUUGGAGAGAGAGAUUCUAGGCCCCGAGGAGUAGGAGGGGAGGAGAGGGGCUCCAGGAGAGGAGGCCGUGGUCGUGGAUCCAGCACAGGCAGAGGUCGUGGAGGCUCAGGACCCCGCAACUCCAAUACAAUCAGCUCAGUGCUCAAAGACCCGGACAGUAACCCCUACUCUCUGCUGGAGGGUGAGUGUGAUGUUGGCGGUGACACAGAUGCCAGCGAGAGCAUGGGUGGCAAUGACCGCCGAAGGCGCUCCCGUCGUCGCCGCAAUGACCAGGAGCCCAGUGUGAUUGAUGCCGCCAAUGAAUCAGAUGGGCAGGCAGGUGCAAGCGAGAACGGACUGGAUGAUGAAGGCAAACCCCAGCGGCGCAAUAGAAGCCGGCGCCGGCGCAAUCGUGGCACCAGACCCGACGGUGGCUCUGCUAGCCGUGACAGACAGCCUGUUACAGUGGCCGACUUCAUCUCUCGUGCAGAAUCUCAAAGCAGACAGAACCUGCCAGUGAAAAAAGACGCAUCACAGGCCUCUCAUCCUAAGGAGAAUGGGACCAGUGUAAAGAAGGAAGAGCAUGCUCCAUCUAAGCGCUCCCCUAGCAACGGUGUGGCUUCGUCUGGAGAGGCCACCACCCUGGUGAACGGUGUUUCAUAAAGAAACAAACAUCAGCUCAUCACUCAAGACCAAUGUCUAGAGCAAGACACAACGGCGAUCUGUUCCUGCUUGCAUUUACAUAAACCUUUAAACAGACGAGUGAAAAUCGACUAAAAAUCUUGAAUUCAUAUGAGAUUGAGGAGAAAAAGAUAUUUAAAAAAAUGACGCAUCUACUUAAACACGUAACAGUGUAUGUUUAUCCUAUCUAUCAGUACUUAGUGCUUAUUUAAGACAAGCUUGCCAAAAAGAGCUGGUGGAUAUGAUUCAAAAUAGACGUAACUGAACACAGGACGUGACUGUUCAUUUUUAUUUUGGCGAAGAGGUUUUUUUGUUGUUGUUGCUGUCGUCGUCGUCACUGUUGUUGUUGUCUGAUUAAUUUGUUUUCUUUUCUUCACUGGUGUGGGAUUGGUUACAUUCCCAAACUGAUGCAUCUCUGAAACAGUAUUAGAGGCCAGGGAGGAGCUAGCCGAGCAAUGGGGAUUGAGAGAGAAGCAACUCUUGUAAUAGUCAGUUGAGGUGAUGGUACUCUUUGAGAUAAAGGGUGUGUGAGAAAGUAGAGACAUUGUGCCUUGAAUUUGAAAAAAUUUAAACUUGAGCGUUUUUGUUCUGGUGGUGAAAGAUGCUGUUUUUUCUUCCAGAUGAGUAUUCAGUUGAGACGAUGAAGGCAGGGUUAGGCUCGACAAGAAAAGACAGAAUAGAUAAUGAUCUAUUAAUGCCAAACAUAAAGGUGAGAGCUGCUUAUCUGUGGUGGGUGUCAUGAACUGGACGGCGUUGUGUGUGUCUGUGUGCGUGUGUGUGAGUGUACACGUAUGUGUAGUUAUUAGCAAUGGAACCAUAGGCUAUAAUUUGGGAGUACUGUUACAUGGUCUCUGAGCUGACCCUAUGAAAAGGGACAUAGAUGGAAUGCAGCCAAGUUGGAUUAAUAGGUAGAGUGGCAAAUGGGGACUGCUGCACAGACAAACGGACAGUUGGAAACCUGCCAGCAUUAGUUACAUCCAGAACUGAUAUCCAAGCAAACAUCAGUGCCUCUAACCCCAAAAUCAACUGCUGGUGGGAAAGUGGCAAAAGUACCGCACCCAGGUGCAGCUCCGACAAACGAAACAAGGUGUUUUAAAAACACUGUGCCUGCAGAGCGCUUGAGAAGGCCACGACUUUUGUGAUCUCCCCCUAGUCGAUGGGGUUGGUUUAUACACAAAGUAGUGGUCAGGAAGGCACAUUGUAUUGGAAAUAGCACAUCCUUAGAAAAGUUGAGAGCCAAACGUGCACACAUGAAAGUGUAUAUGAAUACAAAGUACACUCUGAUGAUCUCACUACACAGUUUAGACCUCCUGGGUCUCUUAUCAAGGAUCAAACCUAAAUUGUCGUCCAUGUGCCACUGGAGGACAAGUGACCGUGGUGUCUGACCUGAACGAGAUGUCUGUCGCGGUUCCUGACAGUCGCGGUCAAAAAAAGAAGCACCCGGGAGAUUUUCAUCUCCCUUCGGUUCAUGUUAAUGUCAUCUUGGUUUUUGCUCUCAAACUUUUUUCGGUUGUACUUUUCACAUCAUAGAAAAAAUGAAAUAAAAUGGAAGAGAAAUCA